AUGCACGACAUUGGUUUUUUUGAGAUGUUAGAAAGCUAUAUAAGAAAAUAUAAUGAUAUGUAUAAAGUAUGCGUAAUUGGCGAUUUAAAUGCUAGAACAGGGGAUCGUAAAGAUUUUAUUGAACCUGUUGAUUUAUUUGACAAAUAUGUACAUACUAUAGAUACUAAUACUGAAGAGUGUCACUCUACUUUACCAGAUAGGAAAAGUGAGGACCAUGUUUGUAAUACCUCUGGUUUAAAGUUGCUUGAUAUUUGCUGUAGCUCCGAUUUGAAAAUUAUAAACGGUCGAAAAGGUGAUGAUUCUAAUGUUGGCAGGUUUACUUUCCUGUCGUCACUUGGUAGAAGUGUAAUUGAUUACACGAUAGCAUCUUAUCAUCUAUUUCCUAUUAUAUCUGACUUUGUUGUACACGAUAGUUUUUCAUUUUCUUCACACGUACCAAUACAGGUCAAUUUUAAAGCUGACUUUUGUGCUAAAUCUGAGAAUGUUAAAUUUGAUGUAAAAAAACUUGUAUGGGAUAUUAAUAGAGUUGAUGUAUUUAAUGAAUUGUUGUUAAACAGUAGUGAUUAUUUGAAUGAAAUUAUAUCUAAAAUUACAUCGUCAAAUGUAUCUAUAACUGAUGGUGUCAAUAUUUUUGCAAACGAACUGUAUAAUGUGGCACAUAAAGUAUUUGGUGUAAAUAAAACUGUGUAUUCACUAUCAUAUAAUAGAAAGCAUGAUAAUCCGUGGUUCACGGGCGAAUGCAAAUCUGCCAGACGAGAAUUAAAUAGAGCAAAUAAAGUUUAUCGUGCUACGAGGACAAAUGAAAACUAUCUUGUGGUUAUUAACAAACGUAGAUUUUAUAGAAAUGUUACACGUAAAUCCAAAUAUGCAUAUGCACGACAACAAAGAUCUGAAUUACAUAGUGUUUCAAAAAAUGAUCCUAAAAAAUUUUGGGAUUUAGUUCGAAAAUACAAGAAAAAGAGUAAAAAUAAUUGUAACCUAACAGCCAAUGACUUUUAUGAGCAUUUUAAGUCUCUUUUUUCUGAUAGUGAUGUUUUUACGAAUACAAAUGUUGAUAAUACUGUUAAUGAUGACACUUUGAAUACUCAUGUCGUAGAGCAGUUAGAUUGUGACUUUAGUAUUGAUGAAGUUACUAAAGCUAUAAGUACUUUGAAACGCCAGAAAAGUGCAGGGGAAGAUAUGUUAAUCCCUGAAAUAUUUUUAGAUUCAAAACAUAUUUUAGCACCAUUAUUGUGUAAAUUGUUUAAUUAUAUGUAUUCUCAUUGUAUCUACCCAGAAUCAUGGACAAAGGGUAUUAUUGUACCCGUUCCAAAAAAGGGCGAUUUGAACAGUGUUGACAACUUUAGAGAUGACACUGUAUUGUUUUCCUACUCUUUAACAGGAUUGCAGACAUUGCUUAAUAAGUUACAUGUAUAUUGUCUAAAAUGGAACAUUACUGUAAAUGCGUCGAAAACUGUAGCUAUGGUAUGUAAACUUGGAAACAGACGUGAAAAUAUUGAUGUUUAUUACGAUAAUGUUAAACUUAAUGUUGUCAAUAAAUUUUGUUAUCUAGGUGUAAUGUUAUCAAGUAAUGGAAAAUUUUAUAAUGCUCAAAAAACUUUAUCUGGGCAAGCACUACGUGCCCUAUUUACUCUUAACUCAUUAUUUGAUGUUGUAUCUUUAGCUGUCUCAGAAAAGUUGAAAUUGUUUGAUGCAAUGAUUUUGCCAAUUUUAAACUAUGGAUGUGAAAUAUGGGGAUUCCAUAAAGCCCCUGAUAUUGAAAAAGUGUACAUAAGAUUUCUUAAACAGAUAUUGCAUGUUAGACAGCAAACCACUAACAUUACUGUAUAUGCUGAACUUGGUAAAGUACCAUUAGAUAUAAUUAGGAAAGAACGUAUUCUUAAAUAUUGGUGUAAAAUUGUGAAUUCUCCAAAUACAAUGGUGCACAAAAGUUUUAUAGAUAGUAAGCAUAACAAUGUUAAGGAUUCUUGGGCAGUAUUUGUUAAAUCAUUACUAGAAAACUUAGGUUUUGCAUAUUUAUGGAAUUGUAUUUCCAUUUCUCAAUAUCAAUUGAAUGCUGUGAUCGAAAGAUUGUAUAGUCAAUAUUAUCAAGAUUUAUACUCAAUGAUUGAUACAAUGCCAAAACUGAGUACCUAUAAAAUUAUAAAAGAUUGCAUUGGAUUUGAAAAAUAUUUGACGUGUGUCAAAACUGAUGUUUAUCGUAUUGCAUUAACUAGAUUAAGAUGUUCAUCCCAUAGACUUGCAAUUGAAGAAGGUCGUUUCAGAAAUGUUGUAAGAGAAGAUAGAAAAUGUAUAUAUUGUAAAAUGAAUGCUAUUGAAAAUGAAUAUCAUUUUGUUCUUGUGUGCCCGCAUUAUCGAGAUAUAAGAAAUGCAUGUCUCCCUAAAUAUUAUUGCCAUUGGCCAACGUCUCAGAAAUUUAAAACUUUGUUAACUACACAACAGUCGAAUGUUUUAAAUAAGUUAGCAAAAUUUAUAUAUUUAGCAAAUAUAAAACGCACUGCGUUUACUGAUUAGAUUUAUAUUAGUUCAAAUAUAAUACUGUAUUACUUUUUUUUUGCAUGUAAAGCACAUAAUUUUGUUUGUGUGGCCUGGUAACAUGUACCGAUCUUGUAUUAUACAUGUUUAUAAUUAUACGACCCAGUUAUCGGAAUAUUUUAUCGGACAAUGUAGUAGUCACUUGCAAAUAAAUUUAUGUGCUAUCGAAUUGAAAUGUAUAAAUAUGAGUGUUUCCUUAUACAUAUAUAUUAUAAUUGACAUUUAUCAUCAUUCUUUGUAUAUAACAUACUCUUCUCAUGAUAUUUGUUGCCGCCUAAUAUAUUCAUUUAGGCAAAAAACUGUAUAUAAUGUUUAUAUGCCUAAUAAAAUAUUGAAAUUGA